AUGGCGCACCACUCCCAGAAGGAUCUGGCACAUCCCUAUGGCCCCUAUGGGGUGCAGUCUCUGCCCCGUUACACCGGCAGCGGGGCCGCGGCCGGGUCGGGAGCGCAGCGCGGGGGCUGCUCCAGCCCUGCAGCCCGCGGGGCAGCGCGGUGUGUAACUGAGAUCAGGGCUCUUAUCAUACUGAGCGUGGCCCUGUUCUGCCAGGUGCUGAAGAGACCCCGAGAUCUGGGCCUUGUUCUGCCAGGCGCUGUGGAGACCCCAACUGAGAUCUGGACCCUGUUCUGCCAGGCACUGAAGACACCCAAGAAUAACGUCCACGUUUUGCUCCAGAUCAUCCCAUCCUCCCAGGGGGAAGGCAAUGGCUGCAAUGGAGCUGGCUCAGUAGGGUUUCCAGUUUCCAAACCUGAUGUGAUCUCCCAGGUGGAACGAGGGGAAGAGCCGUGGGUUCCAGACCUCCGUGGCUCUGAGAAAGAAGUGCUUCCAAGAGCUGCCUGCACAGGUAGUGACCUGUGUCUGGAUUCUCUCUGUCUCCCAUCAGGUGAUGGGAUGGUGAGUGAGAAUGAGGAGGAGAAACCCCAUCAGGAAGAUGCUGAGCGAAGAGAAGCACAUGGAAUGUUAUCAGGAAGAUCCAAAGAGAAUGUUUCCAGGAGUUGUGCACUCCGAGAAAAACCAAAUGCCUGUGUGACUCAGGGGAGGCCAGAGGGAAACUUUAGUAGCCUCUCAGACCUUAUAACAAGCGGUAGAAUCAACUUGGAAGAGACACGCUACAGGUGCCAUGAGUGUGGGAAAAGCUUCAGUCAGAGCUCAAACCUUAUCACACAUCAGAGAAUUCACACGGGACAGAAGCCUUACACAUGCUCUGAGUGUGGGAAAAGCUUUCGUUGGCGCUCACAACUUAUCGGACAUCAGAGAAUCCACACAGGAGAGAAGCCCUACACAUGCUCUGAGUGUAGGAAAAGCUUCAGUCGGCACUCAAACCUUAUCACACAUCGGAGAAUCCACACAGGAGAGAUGCCUUACACCUCAUCCUUCUUUGGGGUCAGACCUAUGAUCUUUUCUAUCAAUGCCUUUCCUUUUGAAUCAUAG